UGUAUCGUCACUCAACGCCCCUGCUAACUAGAAGAGCAAUAUUACUCGACAUACACAGCCACCUUUGCGAUACUGCCUAUGUAUUGUCAGCGCGAACGGGCAGGCCGUGUUUAGUUCUCGAGUUGACAGCAGCAUCAUGGCGUCUGGAGGCCCCGUGAUGAACGGCGACAUCUCUCGCUCUGCCAAUCAGCCCGGCACACUGGAGGAAACCCUGCAGCAGAUGAACAUCCUCAUUCAGGAGAACAGAGACCUGAAAGAGGCUCUCCGUCAGACCAACCUGACGAUGAAGGAGCGCUUCGAAGGUUUGUCUGCGUGGCGGGAAAAACAGAAGGAAGAGCGGGACUUCCUGGAGAGCCGGCUCGAGGAGGCCCGUGGCCGCAUGGAAGCACUUACCCUCCAAAACCAGGAGCUGAGCAGGAGGCUGGAGGAGACCGGGAAGAUCGGAGGAGCUGUGGGAGGAAUGCAGAGUGCAGAGCUGGAGGCCCUGCGUGCUCAGGUCGCUCGGCUGCAGGCAGAGAAGAACGACCUGGUGGCCUUGAACUCUGAGCUACAGCUCAAGGCAGAGCACGAUUCUCAGGAUGAUUCGUUUAUUGAGAUCAUCAAAGUGUCGGAUGGAGGGGUCGAUGGCGUGAACGAGGCGUUGGGGGCAGAGCGCAGCCGACGCCAGGAUGCGAGCAUGACAGCAUCACGCAUGGACAACGAGGAGGUGACGGUUAGCCAGCUGCUGCAGUCCCUGAGGAAUGAGGCGGAGAAAAGCGAGAGGCUGCAGGGUGAGCUGCAGACCUGCACGGCCAGAAUUCGAAAGCUAGAAGAAAAAAAGUCCAAUGUAGAGGAAUUCACCCAGACACCUGAGCCAGAGAACAAAGAGGAUUCUGCGAAAAAAGAUAAGGCGGCCUCUGAGGUGGAGAAUCUGAAGGCUCAGAUGAUGACACUCUACAAAGAGCUGCAGCAGGCUCAGAGCAAACUGGAUGAAGCAGAAGGCAUGAAGAAGAACCUGCAGGACAGAUGUCGGGAGGUGGAGCAGGAUGUGGCAACCCUGAAGGCCCAAUUGGUGGAGAAACAGGCCGUUCAGACGGAGAAUGACCGACUGAAGCUCCAGCUGAACAGCAUGCAGGCCCAAAGCCUGAUGGAGCAGAGGAAGACUGCAGAAGAGAAGAACAACCUGGCGCAGCUGAAGGACGCCUACACCAAACUGUUUGAGGACUACACUGAGCUCAAAGACGAGAAACAGAGAAAAGAGUCUCAUAUGGCGGAGGAGCUGCAGCAGCGGCUGACAGCAGCUGAAGAAGCUCUCGCUAUUAAGCAGAAAAAGAUCGAUGAGAUGAAGCAGGACAUGUUCCAAAAGGAGAAGGAGCUGGAGACCAUAUCUGUUUUCCAGGCUCAGGCAGAGAUCUACUCCUCCGACUUCCACGCAGAAAGAGCAGCGAGGGAGAAACUCCACGAAGAGAAGGAGCGUCUGGCUGCUCAGCUGGAGUACGUGAAGAAGCAGAACACCCAGCUGCAAGACGAGAUGGACUCAAUGGGCAGGCGCUCACUGAACGAGAUGCAGAGGAGACAUUUGUCACAAGGUGGAAACCCACAUGGAGGUGGACCAUCUUUAGUUGGAAGAGGUACUGACUGGCAGCAUCGGGGGAAUAUCCCUGAGCACGCAUGUCCCAAGUGUAAUGAGAUCCUUCCAGACCUGGACUCCCUCCAGAUCCACAUCAUGGACUGCAUCAACUAGACGUGCGUCACAGCAUAUAAGCAUUCACGGCAACAGCGGCUGCAUCAUCACCUAAUCGGAGUCUUCCUCUGCUUUGUCCUGUACCUCUUCACUCCAAGAGAUCCCAUAUGGGAUCAAUAAAAUUUAUUCUCGGGUGGGAACACUUUGCUUUUGGAAGAAGCCAAACUGUGAUGUUUGGAAAUGCAUGUGAAAAGAGUAUGUUGACUGUAUUUUGUUGUACAUUUAAAAGUUGCUCACAAACACUCAGAACAGUAUAGAAAACAUUCUACAGAACACCUCCUAUCAUGCAACAUGCUGUCCGUCACAUUGUUGGUUUUUUUUUUUUUUUUGUAGCUGUGUUGUCUGAAGCAAGCUGAAAAUUUUCAGGGGCAAAACAAGUCCAGAGCAAACAAAACAGAAGCUGCAUAGACCUUUUGGUAAGAUUUUAGUUAAGCACUGACCACUGGUCAUAAAUAUAUUAAUAAAUCAACCAAAGUUGAGCCUUUAAAAGCUGCAUCUGUUUACAAGUAUUUGGUUGCUGAAGGCUUUCUAUAUUUUUGAAGGAUUCUUUUUCAAAUUAAAAUGAAAUUGCUUCUAUAUUUUUCCUCACUAAGGAUAUUUUAGUUCAUAAUUUGGUGUUUGGUGGUAAAAGCAGCAUUCACCAUGUAGGCACUUUAUGAAAGAUAUAUAUUUUAUUUUGACUUUGCAUAUUGUACCUGAUAAUCAGAAUAUAAUGUAUUUAACCUGAUGAUCAAUUUGUCAAAGUGCAGGCAGAAUCUGUACUCUGUAGACUGUAAAGACCUUCCUGAUUCAAGUUCGGGGAAAGAAAAUAAAAGCGUUUGCAAAUGUGUUUGCUUUUACUCA